AUGGCCGAAAGCAGCAGUUCUCAUUCCUGCAAUGGAUACGGUACGACUUGGAAAAAAAAUGUUGAAAUUGAGGAGUACGAACACAAGUCCAUCAGUUGCAGAAUAUGUUCCAAAACUCAUAUCAAAUUGAAUCACCUAAAAGAAGACGUAGAGACUCACACGACUGAUAUGUCUUACGCGUGCAAUCUGUGUUCGAGCCCUUUCGCUCAAAACCUCUACCUUGUAGAGCAUGAACGAGUCCAUGUCCGCGAGAAGCUUCACGAUAACAAACUGGGUUGUAUUGAAAGUUGUACCCAAAAAUCCAAUCCAAUAGUGCACGAACAGACUCACAACGAUAGUAAUAAGCCUAACAUCUGCCAAGUGUGUUUGAAAAGUUUUGCUCGUAAAUCCAGUCUUAAAGUGCACACACGGAUACACUUGAAUGAAAAGCCCUACUCUUGCAAGCACUGCUCAAAAAGUUUUACUCAAAAAAACAAUCUUAAUGUGCACGAAUGGAUACACAAGAGUGAAAAGCCUCACAUCUGCCAAGUAUGUUUAAAAAGUUUCACCAAUAAGCAGAGACUUGAAACACACGAAUGGACACACAAGAGUGAGAAGCCAUACUCUUGCAAACACUGCUCGAAAAGUUUCAUUCAAAAAAUCCAUCUUACGACGCACGAGCUGAAUCACACGGGUAAUAAGCCUUACAGCUGCCGAGUAUGCUCGAAAAGUUUCACUCGGAAAUUUAGUCUUGCACUGCACGAAUGGACACACCAGAGUGAAAAGCCCUACUUCUGCAAGCACUGCCCAAAAAGUUUUGUCAAAAAAUCCAACCUGGCGAGGCAUCAGCUGACUCACGCAGCUUUACAACUCAAGACUUUGACUGCAGUUGUAACUCUUAGACCUAAAGCUUGA